AUGUACCAGGACUGUUUGGCUCUCCAGGCUGCCGAGAAAUCCCUCUACGACGUUCUCGGCCAAGAAUACCCUCAACCUUCUUCUGAUUCCUCCUGCUGCAACUCCGCCCAAGGUCUUCCUGCCGUUGAUAGCUCCAAUUGGGUUCCCGAUCUCGGCUUCCCUGCUGGUAAUGGUUACAAUAAUGAGUUUCUGGGUCCAGAUUUCCGCGCCGAGUUAAACCCUUUUGCCAUUGGGUGGACGGAGAAGAAUAAUCCCAUUUCAGAAGCUCCUUCUAUCUUUGUUCCGAACCCAGACCUAGGGAGGAAGAACCACGGCCGCGACGAUGGGAAUUCCUUUGAAGAAGAGCGGAGCAACAAGCAGUCGGCAGUUUCCCACGAGGAAGAGCCGGAGAACAUCAAGAUGCUAGACGAGAUUUUGCUCUGUUCGUUAAAAGAGGACUGUAGUAAUAAUCCCAGCAGCCAUCAGUUGGAGAAGAAGGGAUCCAGCGCUAGCAACGGGAAGGGAGGCCGAUCCAAGAAAGCGAACAAUAAGAAAGGGGGAGUGGUGGAUUUGUGGACUCUGCUAACUCAGUGCGCUCAGGCGGUUGCGAGCAGCGACCAGAGAACUACUAAUGACCUAUUGAAGCAGAUUCGCCUCCAUUCGUCUCCUUACGGGGACGGGAACCAGAGGAUGGCUCAUUACUUCGCCGCUGCCUUGGAGGCUCGCCUAGGAGGCACGGGAGCUCCCAAAUAUGCAGUAGAUGUGAAAGCCAAGACGCCAAUGGCUGAAAUUUUGAAGGCUUAUCAGAUGUUCCUCAACUCUUGCCCUUUCAAGAGGAUGUCCAACUUCUUCGCCAAUCGAACCAUCUACAACCUCGCCGAGAAGGCAACCAGGCUCCACAUCAUUGAUUUCGGCAUUCUCUAUGGCUUCCAAUGGCCGUGCCUCAUCCAGCGCCUCUCAGAACGCCCCGAUGGACCUCCCAAGUUGCGCAUCACCGGGAUCGACUUCCCCCAGCCAGGGUUCCGCCCCAAGGAGAGGGUGGAGGAGACGGGUCGACGGUUACAAAGGUACUGCGAGAGGUUCAACGUGCCCUUCGAGUACAAGGCCGUAGCGCAGAAAUGGGAGACGAUCAAGUACGAGGAUCUCGAGAUCGACCCCGACGAGAUGACCGUGGUGAACUGCUUGUAUCGAAUGAGGAAUCUCGCGGAUGACACGGUGGCUGUGGACAGCGCGAGAGAUGCGGUGCUGGGACUGAUACACAAGGUGAACCCGCAGGUGUUCAUCCAUGGCAUUGCGAAUGGAAGCUACAACGCUCCAUUCUUCACCACGAGGUUUCGCGAGGCACUGUUCCAUUACUCGUCGUUGUUCGACAUGUUUGAUGCAACACUUCAGCGGGAAGACGAGCACAGGCUGCUCUUCGAGAGGGAGAUGUAUGGAAGGGAUAUAAUGAACGUGGUGGCUUGCGAGGGAGCGGAGAGGCUGGAGAGGCCUGAGACUUACAAGCAGUGGCAGGCGAGGAACUUGAGAGCUGGGUUCAGGCAGCUGGCGCUGGAUGAGACCAUUUUGAAGAGGGUGAGAGGGACGGUGAAAUCCGAGUAUGAUAAGGAUUUUGGUGUGGAUGAGGAUGGUCGAUGGAUGUUGCAGGGUUGGAAGGGUAGGAUUGUGUAUGCACUUUCGGUGUGGAAGCCUGUUGAUAAGGAUUACUAUUAUUAG